GGUGUUAUAUAUGUAAUUCAGACACUUGCUAUGCUAGAGAAAAAGGAGCAAGUUCUUCUGAAGAAGGCGGCUGCAGAGGUUGAAAAGGCUAAGGAGUUUACAAGAGCAAAGAACAAGAGAGCUGCUAUACAAUGCUUGAAAAGGAAAAGGCUCUAUGAGCAACAAGUUGAACAGCUUGGGAACUUCCAGUUGCGGAUUCAUGAUCAGAUAAUAAUGUUAGAAGGUGCAAAAGCUACAACAGAGACUGUUGAUGCAUUGAGAACUGGAGCAGCAGCUAUGAAGGCUGUGCAGAAGGCAACUAAUAUUGAUGAUGUUGACAAGACAAUGGAUGAAAUCAAUGAGCAGACAGAGAGCAUGAAACAAAUUCAGGAAGCAUUAUCUGCUCCUAUUGGAGGAGCAGCCGAUUUUGAUGAAGAUGAAUUGGAAGCAGAACUUGAAGAGUUGGAGGGUGUUAAGUUGGAGGAACAGUUGCUUCAGACAGCCACAACUGCUCCUGCUCCUCCAGUCCAAGUUCCUGCUGUUAGACUUCCCACUCAACCUGUGCCACAUAAGAAUACUUCUGAUGCAGAUGAAUUUGCUGCAUUACAAGCUGAGAUGGCCGUGUAGUGAGGUCAACUCAAUGCUGCUCCAAGAAUGCACGUCCAAAUUAUUUAUGUAAAUGAUUUAGUAUACUCUGAUAGUUGUAGCAAGAUGCUUUAAGCUGAUAGAUUUAGUCCUUUGGUGUGCAUAAGUUUUAGCUGAGAGACAAGCUUCCUGUCUUCAUAAAUGGUUUUUUGAGCUGUCAUUUCUGUAAACAAUUCUGACUUGUUCUUGCCCACUAUCUAUUGAUGCACAUAUAUGUUAUCCUAGUUCUCAUAGAAGAGAAAAUUGUGCCAAAGAAUGAGAAUUGAUGUACGGUUCUAUAUUUCAAAUACUGGAUCAUGCUACUCUA